CGCUUUCUAUAGAUAGAAUACGUGAGAGAGAAACUGGAAAUAACCUUAUAUCCGAUGUAAAAGGGUUACGAUGUUUUCAGUUUUCUGGGCUUAUAACUAUUUAUAAAAUGAGCUAUUUCAUUAUGUUCUAUUUAAAAUGGUCGAAUGCACGUUAACGACAUUAAACGGAAAAUAAUUCAUUGCUGUGUCUUUCAGUAUUAAUUUUAACACUUUGCCAAGAAAUUACAAAUUCCGUGAUGGAACAAAUACCUUUGUGAAAUUGAUGAUCCCACCUUUAUUUUAAAUUUUUCAUCAAUUUAAUUAUGGCUCUCUUAGGUGCUCAGUUAGUUAUAACACUGAUUAUGGUCAGUGUUAUUCAAAAAGUAACUCCGCAUUUUUCUUUGGCAAGAUGGAUUUUAUGUUCUACUGGGUUGACACGUUACUUAUAUCCAACUGAUCAGCAGCUUAGAACUCUUGCUGGUGUGCCUAAAGAGAAACCUAAAAAAGGUAAACAUACAGAGAAUGGGAAAGUUGGAGAUGUGUUUCAUGUUCCUAGAAGUUUGGAUAUUACGCUUGAAAGUGCUAAAAUAACUACGUUAGAUGUAAUGCAUUUAAAAUAUUAUACAGAGUAUCAGUGGUUAUUAGAUUUUUCUAUUUAUGCUACUGCGGUUUAUAUCAUGACAGAGCAAAGUAUUACUUUCUCUUUGGGUGCAAUAUUUUAAGGGAGAGGAGAGUAUAGGUGAAAGGUCUACAUGUAUUGUAACUGGAUUUGCUUAUCUUCUUAUAGCUAUGAUGGUUCUUAUUGUUGAUGAAAACAAUCUUGAAAUUGGAUUAGAUAAAGCUUAUGCAAGUUUUAAUCAUAGCGCAUCCCUUUUUUUAGACAACCAAGGUCUUUCUUCCACGGGACCAGCAUCAAAAAUUGUAGUAAAAUUUUUCCUUGCUUUAUGGUGUGGUUUACUUGGUUCUUUGUUCACUUUCCCAGGAUUGAGAGUGUCAAAAAUGCAUUGGGAUGCAUUAAGAUAUUAUAAACAUCAAAAGUUACUAUUGUUAAUAGCAAAUAUCAGUUAUGCCUCUCCACUUUUAUUAGUAAGUUUAUGGAUUAAGCCUGUAAGCAGAGAUUAUUUCACAGUCAGAAUAUUCAGUGGUAUGAAUGGACCAUUGAUGACAACUUCAGCUUUUGAGAGUAUGAGAUUAAUUGCAAUUAUUGUUGCAGUCUUGUUAAAAUUUGUAUUAAUGCCAAUGUAUUUGCAAUCAUAUCUCAAUUUAGCUACGCAACGGUUAGAGAACCAAAAGAAAGAAGCUGGUAGAAUUACAAAUGUAGAUCUACAGAAAAAGGUGGUUAUACAUGGGAAGGUCUUUUAAAAGGUUCGUCACUUGAGGAAUGUCCAGCUGACGAUCCACCAAAAUCUUUAUCAGAUGUAUUGAAUAGCUACGAUACCGAGAAAACUGUAGUGCAAACGGCGCAAGAUUUUCAAUUGGCUCUAAGUUCCUUAAAACAGAUAUUUACCAUGGAUGUAUAUAGGGGAUUAUUAGGUUUAGCAACAUGGUGGAGUUGUUUUGCAUUGUUUGCAACUACUGCUAUGGGUAUGUUUUAUCAAUCAUACUUUUCUAGUAUGUAAAAAAAUACUAUGGAAGGAAGUAUUUGUUGUCAUUUCGCACAAAUUUCCGUCGUUAAUUUGUUUAUCAAUAUUAAACAACCAUUGGAUUAUUUAAUUAUAUCUUCAAAACCAUUUUUUUUUUAAAAAUGUACCUAUGUCAAGGUACGCACAAUACUGGCUGUCUAAUGGAAAUGUUAAUAUUAACUUUAAAAAUUUUAUAAUAUGCAUAGCAAUAAAAACCUUACAAUUAUUAUAUAUGUAGAUACUAUGUCGAAAUUAUAAAAUUUUUAAUUGACAACUACGUUUUUGCAUUUUGAUCUUUUUAUUAGAUACUAUAUAUAAUGUUUAAUAUUUAUAUAAAAAUUUAGGAGAACAUUUUAUUAUAUGAUGUAUUAUAAAUUUUUAAAAACAAAAUGGAAUUAAAAGUGUUUUACAAUUAAAAAUGUGAUGAGUGUGACUCAUAAAUGAAUCACUGCCAGUAAAAUAAUCUAUUUAAUAUUCCACGAACGACUAAAUGAUUACAAUUGUCUGCGUAUCGGCUCGACUAGAUGAAAGCGACUUUCAUCGAUAAUGUUACGAUUAUAAGCGAAUCAAACAAAAAUAUUUUACUGCCUUGUACGUAUUCGCUUUAAUAAUAUUUAAUUAAAAUCUUGUAUAUAUUUCUGUACAAAGUGCUCAUUAAAAUUUUAUGUACAAUAAUUAAUAAUUUUAUUUGCUGAUGUUGUAAUCUUUUAUAGUAAUUGUAAGAAUUUCAAUGAAGUCCUUUUGCCUUUCUCUUUUGUUUUUUAAAAAUUUAAUUACUGUAUAUUGCAUGACAUUACGAUAUUCCGUAAAAGGGAAAACUAUAUCGAAUGAUUGUUAUUCGUGAAAUGUGACAUCUCGAUAUCUCGGAGAAAGUGUGAUUGUAUGUACAAAAAAUGUGUCGAUGUCAUGCUAGUCACGUAUCAACCAGGCUGCUUCCGUGAUAUAUAACUCCCCACAGAGUAUCUUUCAGUGUCAGAAUAGCUUGCUGAUUUUCGUCGGUGAUAAUACUAUUGUUUAUUCUAGUGUGAAACUUAAAGUUUUUAUAAAAUUACACAAAAUGUUGAAACACAUAGUACUUUUUUAUGUUAUGCUUCUUUCGGUAUAUGCCGAACCACCCAUUCAAGGUGUAAAACCAACAAAUGUACUCGGAACGUCUGAUCAGCACGCAUCUUUCAGCUUUGUUAGACCAGGUUUAACGCAAACAGCCUUCGCUUUUAGUGGCCCUAGUUCUCAUCAAUCAUUCAGUUCCAGUAUUGGAAAUCCUCAUUUGGCACAAAGAGUUCUCCCAAACGUUGCUAAUGCACUUGCUUAUAGAAAUCCUGGCUUAGGAGUAUUUCCUGUUGGUCCUGUCGCACAUGGUUAUGCAACUGCACCAGUUGCAUCCACUUUUGUUUCUUCUGCACCUGCACCGCUAUCUUAUCAAGCUUCAGUUGAUCCAACUACUGCACUGGCUUAUCAACAGUUACAGCAAUAUCAACAACCCCAGUUAUAUAGUUAUCCUGCAGCUAGUACAUAUCAAACACAAUUAGCGCAAUUACUUGCAUUACGACAAGCUCAAGCUCAAGCUCAAGCUCAAUCUCAAGAACACGUGCAAACACAAGCACAACAAGUAAGAAUAAUAUGCUAAAACUACUUCGAGUUUCAUAUUGCAUCAAAUUUAAAUAUGAUUUUCGUUUAAUAGUAAUCCUCUUCAGGUACCUGAACAGAUUCAAUUGCAGCAAGAGCAACAACAACAGCAAGUUCAGAACUUACUAGGAAUUACUUAUUCCGCAGCACCUUCGGUAGCCCGGGUAAAAGUUUCCGGAAAUGGUUAUAAAUUUAAUUUCUAAAACGUAUGAAAUCUCAUUCAGAUUAAUCAAGUUAUGUAAAUUCAAGUGAGUUGAAACAUUCCUUCAAGUUUAUAUAGUCGUCCGUAUUAGCCACUUGAUUUUAAGUUGCUUAUCUUAAUUAAUUUGAAUAAGAUUCAAUGCAUUAUACAAUGUGUCCCAUACUUUAUACCUCUGCACAUGUAUUUUAUUUAUUUAUUUAUACCAAUAUGUACAAUGGAAGCAAACAUUUUUGUACGUUAUAAUAACUAAAUAAAUUGAUCAUAAGGAUUCUAAUCGUCUUUAGUUCUUUAUAUUACAGUUCUUUACGUUUAUAUUAUUUCAUAUAUUUUGUAGAACUACGUUAUAUAAUAAUUUUACUGAAGUUCAAAAAAAAAAUUAAAUUUCUUCAGGCCCCGGGGGGAUUCGAACCCCCGAUCUCCUGUUUACUAGACAGGCGCUUUAACCAGCUAAGCCACGGCGCCACAUUUUGUUAUCGUGUAAUAGAUAUUUGAUAUACAAAAUAUUUUUUAUAAUAUUUUUAAUUCUCUAGAAGUCACGAUUGAUUUAA